AUGCAAGUCGAGGAUUUGUCAGAAAGCUACGUAUACAGUGGGGAAUGUGGAAUAGUGAAAUUCGGAAUCCGGAAUACAACUGUACCUAAGGAGACUUUCAUGGAAGGGACAAGAGAAUAGCUCUGGACGGUCAUGUUGAAAUGCAGACCAUGCAAACUGCAGACCGUGCAGACUGUGCAGACUUAGUGUUAUUUUUUUUUACUUGUACCUUAAUUUUCUAGUAAAAUUUUUACCAUAGUUUCCCGCUUCCUCUCAUUAUCUGUACUGUGCAUCACUAUCAUAUGUGCACCGAUGUGUACCUGCAAGGGUCAUGGCUAAGAAAUGAGAAAAUCGUGGGCUCAUGUUUACCGGAAGAUGUAAAGGCAGUUUCGCACACUUUUAGCUGCGCCGCCUUCAUGCAGGAGCAAGCAUGAUGGAGGAAGGUAAGCUGAUUCUUUCUGUAAUUGUAUUAUAUUGCCACGAUUAUUUAAAUCUUUUUUAGUAGAAGAAGCUCUUUCAGGUUAAGUGACUUAAAAUAAAACCCUUCCUACAACGGCUACGAGAGAGACAUUUCCUCAAUUUCGUUGAUUGUUGAUGAUCGUCUUGUUUGGUUUCACUCUGUAAUUCAAACCAGUGACUUGCCACCAUUUCUUCAAAUCUUACAGAUACCGAUGUCGUUGUUGGUAGCUCGGAAUAUCAAACCGAGACGUUUGAGAGAUGGGCCUUCCUUUAAAAUGUGUAAAUAAAAUCAACGGUAUAUCUACCUUAGAAAUAUUCUGAUUUCCUCGUAUUUGGCGGUUCCGUAAGGGUCAGAAUUAAGAGGAGAAGGGCAGCGACUUUAACUUCUCACAGAUAAUAUUCAAUGAAAAUUAAGACAAAAUAUGCCUAAAAUACACGGUGCAUUCAAGCCCCCUCCACAUCUUCGAGUCGUACAAAUAAUACAUUUGUUACUAAUGAACUAUUUAGUUUUGGAACUGCAUAAACAAGAACCAUGAUACUCGGACAAGAUUGUCGGUUUUAAACCACUACCACUUAUUGGCGUGAAUGCAUGGAGCAAAUACAAUAAUGUUGAUCCCCGAGUGAAAACCAGCCAAGAAGGACACUCUUGGGAAUCGAAUAAAAAAAAUACAUAAACCAAAGUCUUAGCCGAAUCUUCUGAGCUAACAACGAUAACAUCGGUAUCUGUACUGGAUUUGAAGAAAUGGUGGCAAAUCACUGGUUUGAAUUACAGAGUGAAACUAAAGACAAUCAUCAACAAUCAAGGAAAUUGAGGAAAUGUCUCUCGUAGCCCUUGUAGGAAGCCGAAAAGGGUUUUAUUUUAAGUCACUUAACUUGAACUGAAAAGCUUCUUCUACUUAAAAAAAUUAAAUAAUCGUGGCAAUAUAAUACAGUUACAGAAAGAAACAGCUUACCUUCCUCCAUCGUGCUCGCUCCUGCAGGAACUAUAGUAAACAUUUUACUAGAAAAUUAAGGUACAAGUAAAAAAAAUAACAUCCAGUCUGCACAGUCUGCAGUCUGCAGUUUGCAUGGUCUGCGUUUCAACAUGACCGGCUCUGGAAGAUAGAACUUACCGUACCUUGUGGCACAAAUUUUUUGUGGGAGUUUGUUUUUGCAGAUGUAACAUGUAUGUGAGGCAACAAGUUUGGACAUGAUCAUUUAUUUGUUAUAUGACAAAGUAUUCAUUUUUACAAUCAAUCCUGGCUGACCUGCAGCUAGCUAAACUAACCAAGGCAGAUCAGUCUCACAAGUUCUAAAUAUUACAGAUAACCCAAUGCUGCUGGUAAAAAGAUCAGUUAAAGGGACACAGUCGCCUAUUGGCCCACACUGACCUGGACACUACUUUUCCCAGUUUGAAAAAGAUUUACCUCAACUCAAAAUCAAAUGUACACAUCAGAUACAUCUAGAAAUCCACUUUAAUCUGGCGUAGUUUUUCAUUCGAUCCUCUAUCUUUUUUCUGAAAACCUCUUUCUGACUCAGCAAACUUUUAUGCAUCCUAAAACAUUAUUAAUUUUUAUCAUAAUUAUUUGGUUAAACACAGUAUCCAAAGGAACGUAAAAAGAAGAGGUGGAAAACGUGUAGGUGCUGGACGGAAGAAAUCCCCUUUGUGUACCAAAAUGACAAGAGAAAUGAAUCAAUAACACUGCAGAGCAAAUCAUCAUUACAAAUAUUUGGAAAAUUGAUGGAGAAAGGUACAAUCAAGCUGUCUCAACGUACUGAUUCAUCAAAUUCAGAAGUAUUCAUCAAUGUUUAGCUUUCCCUGGACAAGUGCAUUGGUGAAUUUUUGAUGGCAUAUAAAAAAAUGAGUGCUCUGAUAUGACUUAGAGUCUAUAACUAAGAUUUUGACUUACAAUAUUAGUUAAACUCCACAAGGUUUGUUUAGAUAUUCCGGAUGCGCUUCUCACUUUCUGUUUCACGCGCAUCUUGUGAUGUGCAAAGCAGCGAAGAAUUGGUAUGUAAUGUGCAUGUGCAUCAGCUGACUGUGCCCCUUUAAGUGGCCUUUUACAUUGAUGGAGAAUUCAUGCAGAGCAUAUUGUUAUGGGUCAAAUUUGUUUUCAGAUUAAUCUUGAUUUAACUCUGGUUGAUUCUCAAUUUCCUUUGUCUCCUAGCCCCAAGAGACAAAGGAAAUUGAGAAUCACCCCGGGGGAGGGGGGUUGGGGGGAAAGCAAACCCAGGUGCUACAUGUGUGCAACACAAUGUAUGGAAGAUCACUUGUGGAGUUGUAUAGCUUGUGAUUAACUGAUCACAAAUGCUUUGUUAGGUGGGUGCGAAGGCAGAUAAUAUAAUAUACAGAAUCCAAGUUCAAGAGUUCAGUAAGAAGGUUGAACCUUUUUUUAUCUGAACUUAUCAUUGUGGGGUGCUAUGCAAAAAAAUUUGUGACGAGUUUGGAAGUGUGCCGACUUAAGUUGCCAUUAUUGUGCUGUUGUUUCUUGGUUAGGUAAGUCCAAAUUUUGCUUGAGUACCUGUCUAAAAAAGAUAAUUUAAGAGAAGAUAAUAGAUAAGAAAUUUUCACUCCAAAGGUUCAUUGUAGUUCUGGGGUGAAAUUAGUUUUCUGGACUGCAUUGUCACCUAUUUUCUGGUGGCCAAUCACAAGGAAAGAAGCAAAAAUUUCAAGCAGCCUACGUUAUUUUGUGAUGUACCAGUGUUUCUUUUUUGUUGUCGAUCCCUCCUGUGGGCUUCAUUCUCUUGUGAUCUUGGCUGCAUAAGGAUUUUGAGAAAUGCCAAAAAUUAUUUUACAUAAUUAUAUAAGUAGUAUAAUUAUUAUUAUUGUUCCUUUCUGCUCAGUAUUGUAAAUUGUUUCCAACAUUUUUCACGCUUAUCAUUUUUCAACAAAGUUAUGACUCACUUGAUAUGUAUAAGUAUUUGCCACUAAGCUCUUCUUUUAUCGUUAAGUUAUAAAUAAUUUCAACUGUAAGGUCAAGUAGCAUUGCAAAGCACAUAAGGGAAAAUGGAAAAACAAAUUAACUCACAAGCAAAUGCCUGUACUAGCCACGAUAUUUUGUGAUGAAUAACAAAAUGUUUGUUGAUGUUGAAAAAUGUAGGUAAGAAUUACAAAAACUGAUCAGAAUGGAACAAUUUUUCUUACUACUCAAAUAAUUUUCAUAUAUUUUUUUGCAUUUCUUGAGCCCCUUCUGCAGUUGAGGUCAAACGAGAAGGAAGCCCAACGAGGGAUAACAACAAAAUUAAUAUAUUCAUCACAAAAUAGCGACUACUAGGCUACAAGCAUUUGCUUGUUUCCUCGUGAGUUGCUGCCCAAAAAAAAAAACAUGACAGCACCGUUAAACUAACCCCAAAUCCACACCGAACUGUUUGAGUGAAAAUUUACCAUCCUUUAUCUUAUCUUAAAGUAUCUCCUUGGUGGCAAUUGACCAAAAUUGGACUUACCUAAUGCAACCAUGAAACAGUCGUGCAAUAAUGGCGACUUAUUAAGUCAGCGCUUGCAAGCUUGUCAAAAAUUUAUUCAUGGGGCCAGCACAACAAUGAUUACAGAGUGAUAUAAAAAAGCAGUUCAACCUUCUUACAGAACUCUUGAACAUGGAUUAUGUAAAUUAUCAGCCUUCAUUAUCACCUAACGACACUUUUGUGAUCAAUUAAUCACAAGCCAUCUGACUCCACAAGUUUAAAGCUAGCUGUACAUCACAUCAUGUAUAUUCAAACAGUAUUACAUGUUGUUUUAAAGAAGGGAUUCCACGGAUAGAACACAAUCCAGUGGCAUUACUCAGUUGGUAGCAUUUGUGAAUAAUUUAAUUAAAGGGAAAAGGAUUAAGCCUCACUAAAUGUGACAGCUACAGAUCAGUGACCACUACUGGUUUUUCAAUGAGAAUAUUUCUCUUGACUACAGAUGCUCUGAAAGUUAAAAACAAAUCUAUCAAAAUUAAUUGAUUUCUAUAUUAUUUCACCCAGAAACUUGAGAAAAGACGAAAAGUAGUUACAGAAGAUGAGAAGAAGAUGCCAGUCUUAGAAGCCCUACAUUCAGCCUUGAUUCCGUCUGAUGAGUCAGAUGAGGAGGGUGAUGUUCUCAGAACAAGGCCCCUAGAGUGGAGAUCAGAGGAGGUUUCCAUGUUUUUUUCACAAUUUAGACUCUCACUAUAGAAGAAGUAUGUCCAACCAGCAAAAAAGGCAGUCUGUUAACAGAAGGGUUGGUCCUCCAAGAACAAGAGGCCGUAAUGAAGUUCCUGAGUCAUUGCUCUGGGCCAUUAAAUUGUAGUUCUUUUCAUUUUUUAAUGCUUGAUAACAGUGGAGCUUCAAUACAUUUUUAAAAGUAAAUCAGGGAAAACCUUGUUUCAAGACUUAUUUCAAAACAAAUAUGGCACUUGAAAUUUCUUUAACAGUGUGCUAUUGCCAUUUGGGGUUCCACUGGUCGACAUAUAUUUAACAAUUAUUCCUCAAGCCCAAAUGAGCUAUUGACUCAGAGGCCAUGAGGGCGAGAGGAAGAAUUUAUUGUUUUAGUAAUAUCCAGCUAGUUGGUCCAAAAUAUCGAGACAAAGCAAGUUUAGCUAGCAAAAAACAUUGUCCAGCCGCCAUUGUUUUGGUUUCAAAGCCGGCGCUUUUCGCUACUAGUGGGCUAUAACAUAUAACCUAGUAGUAGCUCAGCCAAUCAGAAUGUGACAUUGAUAAUAGACCACUAGUUGGAUAUUACCAAUUAACUAUAUUCCAGGUGAUUUUCACCAGCAAACCGAGAGAGUACUCAUCCUUAAAGGAAAUACACUCAAAAUUCCACUCAGUACGAGCACACAUGGACUUAUUAAACUAAGGAGUGGAUCAACUUCAUUUUGACCUUGGAAACAGUAUUGUUUUAAGGUCAAUGUGUACUCGUAUUGAAUAGAAUUGUGAGUAUAAAUAGAAACUUUACUACAGAAAAACAAUUUGUAUGCGAGUGGAAUGUUGACUGAAAUUAAUCUGUACAUGCCUUACUCGUUAGCAGUUAGCAUCGAAAUCUCCCUACUGUUCUUAUUUGGAUCAGUUGGUUAUCAGUAGAUAUAUUUCCAAGAGUGUUCUGAAUUGUACUGACCAUAUUCAUUUGAUAACAGAAUUUUGUGAAUAUCUUAUCUAUGAUUGAAUGCAUUUUUAUAAAUAGUAGUUUUAGUUUACUGUGGAGUGGUCAUAAUCAAUUAGAGGCAUUCUGUACUGCAGACGAUGAGUUGAGUUGCUGA